UUGGGAAAAUAAUCUCUGCUAAUUGUUUGCUUUGUUUGUAUAUUGUACCAGAGGUUAGUAAAUAAUGGAUUAUUCGACGAUAAGUAACAAAACUAAUAUAACAGAAUCAGAAGACUUAACGGGAAACGAGCUCGCUGAGCGAUAUUACUCAUUACGAAAACAAUUCGAAAACUUAUCUAGCAACUACGAAUCAAUAAAACAAGAACUCCACGAUACAAGGCGAAGUUAUCAAACCGCGUUAGACGUACAGAGUCACCUUAGUACUGAACUAGAGAGCUAUCAAGCUGAUGAAAAGAAACGAAGACAGGAACUCACUUUACGUAUUACAGCGUUCCAGGAGGAAAUAUCUGCGUUGAGACAAGAACGCACAGAGUUAACAGAGAGACAUUUAAUCGAAGUCAAGCAAUUAGAAACAGAGAAUAAACGAUUAAAAGAUGAACAAGUGAUCGUAAACCGCCAGUCGCCUGCGCGGGAUACAUCCGAUUUAGAUGAAGCGCGUGCAGCGCUUACCGCUGCGACGUCUGAAGCGCUAGCAGCUAAAACAGCUCUAGACCAAGCGAGAGCUGAAAUGUGUUCUUGGCAAAUGAAAGUUGAUGAAUUAGUGACGGAGAUAGGAGAGCUUCGAGCGGCGGCUGAGAUAAAAAAAGAGGAAUUACAAGCGGCUGGAGAAAGAGAGGCAGUGGCUCUCGCUGAGUUAGCGGAGGCCAGGGCACUACUACAUCAGGUUGAUUCUCAAGAUGCACAACCACAUGCUGCUAAAGGCAAUUCACUAUUUGCUGAAGUCGAAGACAAAAGACAAGAAAUGGCUAAAAAUCUAAUACAAAUGAAACAAACUAAUUCCAGAUUAAGAAGAGAUUUAGCUAACAAACAAGCGGAGUUAGAUGCACUAUUGCACGAGAAACAAACAGUUUGGGAGCAACAAGCAGGAGCGGCCGCACAUCAUGACCGUGAACUUAUUAAAAGCUAUGAAGAACGUAUAACACAGUUAGAAGGUAUGUGUGAAAAACAGAGAAGGGAGCUGGCGAGAUGGUUCAGUAAAUUGUGUGAACCGACUGAACAAGGCUGGCUUUCUGGUGUAUUGGAUCAUUUGAAAAACGAAUGUGAGCAAUUAAGAGCUGAAGUUUUGUCUCGAGGAGCAGCUGAGUUAGCCAGUGCAGCACAAGUGAGAGAAUUACGAAGGAAAAUCGCUCUUCUUAGCGCCACUAGCGUCAAACAAUCUCCCAUACAAACAAACGAUGUUGAUACAGAUGAUAUUGGCAUGCAAAAAGUUACUAUACAAGUUAAUAGACAAAUAGACGAAGUAAAGAAAAAAGUUUCUUUUAAUUAAUGUAAAUAAACAAUUAUGAUAUCUA